GAAAUGUGUGAGAACCACCUGUUUAACGUUACUCAUAAUUUUUGUAGUUAGUUUAAAAAGUUAAUAGUUAGGUACUUUAAAUUUUAAGAACCUCAAACUUCUUGUCCGUAGAGGCAUGCAAACAGUUUUGCAUUUGGCUUCACCAAGAGACUGCAUGGAGUACGCCUAGCACGCCUCGUUGGUUCAAAAGUUAUGUGACAUAAAAGUUAAACAUUGCUUUGUGGAAGUUAAAAAUGGAGUCUUUUUCUUCAAAAUGAUAUGGGGGAGCUUCAUCUUCUUCUUCUUCUUCUUCUUCUUAAAAUCCCAUAACAAUGAUCAGGAACUUGAAACCCCCACUGCGAUUCUCAUGCAAUGGUGGUCACACUGUUUUAGCAAACUUCAGGUCUGAACAGUUGAGCGACGAUUACGUAAGCUCUCUGUGCAAGCAAAACCUCUUUGAAAAAGCUAUUGAGGCGUUUGAAUGCCUGCAAAAGAGAGAAGGCUUUCAGAUAAAGCUCAGUACUUAUGCCCAUUUGAUAUGCGCCUGCGCUUCUCUGAGAAAUCUUGAACAUGGCAGAAAAGUGCAUUACCAUUUGAAGACGGCAUCUAACUCCAAGCCAGACGUAAUUCUUCUGAAUCACAUUCUUAAUAUGUAUGGAAAAUGUGGGUCAUUGAAAGAUGCUCGAAAGGUGUUCGAUGAAAUCCUCGAACCAAAUCUGGUUUCUUGGACUUCAAUGAUUGCUGGGUACUCGCAGAAUGGUCGAGCCCAUGAGGCAGUCGAAUUGUACUUUCAAAUGCUACGGUGGUCAGGCCUCAGGCCUGACCAGUUCACCUUUGGGAGCAUUAUAAGAGCUUGCUCCAGUUUGGGAAAUGUUGGGUUAGGGAGGCAACUGCAUGCCCAUGUAACAAAAUCAGAAUACGGUUCUCAUCUUAUUGCACAGAAUGCUCUCAUUGCAAUGUAUACAAAAUUUGAUCACGUUGUUGAUGCAAUGGAAGUUUUUUCCCGGAUUGCAACUAAAGAUUUAAUAUCAUGGAGUUCCAUAAUUGCAGGGCUCUCGCAACUGGGUUAUGAGUUAGAAGCUUUGAGUCAUUUCAGGGAAAUGCUCUGUCAGGGAAUUUACCAGCCGAAUCAGUUUAUAUUUGGAAGUGUUUUUAGUGCUUGUGGUAGUCUUCUACAACCAGAAUAUGGACAGCAGAUACAUGGGGUGAGCGUAAAAUUUGGCCUAGGGAGAGAUGUUUUUUGUGGAUGCUCCCUUAGUGACAUGUAUGCCAAAUGUAAUAUAUUAGAUUCUUCAAAAACUGUAUUUUAUCAGAUAGAAAGGCCUGAUUUGGUGUCCUGGAAUGCAAUAAUCGCUGGGUUUGCCUAUGCUGGUGAUACUAAUGAAGCCAUAUCGCUCUUUUUGCAGAUGAGACAUUUGCAAUUGGUUCCUGAUGAGAUCACAGUUCGCACACUACUUUGUGCUUUCACAAGCCCUUGUACACUUUAUCAAGGUAAGCAAAUCCACUCCUACAUUACCAAGAUGGGUUUUGACUUGGAUGUUUCAGUUUGUAACACUUUACUUACCAUGUAUACAAAGUGCUCGGAUCUUGGUGAAGCCUUUAACAUGUUCAAUGAGACGAGAAGCAAUGCAGAUUCUGUUUCUUGGAAUGCAAUUCUUACAGCAUGUAUGCAGCACAAGCAGGCCAUAGAGGUUUUCAGACUAUUUAAAUUGAUGCAUAUUACUCAGAAUAAACCUGAUAAUAUAACUUUGAGCAAUUUAUUGGGGGCCUGUGCAGAGAUAUCCUCUCUUGAAAUGGGGAAUCAAGUCCAUUGCCAUGCAAUACAAAAUGGGCUAGAGUUUGAUAUUUCUGUCACAAAUGGAUUAAUUGACAUGUAUACAAAGUGUGGGUCUCUUGUAAGUGCUCGAAAGCUGUUUGAUUCUAUGGAAAAUUCCAAUGUUGUCUCAUGGAGUAGUUUGAUUGUCGGGUAUGCUCAAUUUGGAUAUGGAGAGGAAGCUCUUAAUCUCUUUGGAACAAUGAUAAGUCUGGGUAUUAAGCCAAAUGAAGUAACAUUAAUUGGGGUCCUUACUGCGUGCAGUCAUGUUGGAAGGGUAGAAGAAGGGUGGCAGUUGUAUAAAAUGAUGGAAAUAGAGCAUGGGAUUGUACCAACAAGGGAGCACUGCUCCUGUAUGGUUGACUUGCUUGCCCGUGCUGGACGCUUAAACGAAGCAGAGGCUUUUAUCAGUCAGAUGACUUUUGAUCCUGACAUUGUGGUGUGGAAGACACUGCUGGCUGCCUGCAAGACCCAUGGAAAUGCUCAGAUAGGAAAACAGGCUGCAGAGAAUAUUCUGAAAAUUGAUCCUUCCAAUUCUGCUGCCCAUAUAUUGCUUUGCAACAUCUAUGCCUCGAGUGGCAGAUGGGAAGAUGUUGCCAGAUUGAGGAGCUUGAUGAAACAAAGGGGUGUCAGGAAAGUUCCAGGUUGGAGCUGGAUUGAAGUUAAGGAUAGGAUCCAUAUUUUCUUAGCUGAAGAUUGUUCGCAUCCUGAAAGGAACAAGAUAUACACAAUUUUAGAGGAGCUGUGGUUACAGAUAUUGGAUGCUGGUAAGGAAGCAUCAACUGAGCCAUUGUAAUUAUGAAACAAAUUGUAUCUAGCUGUUCGGAAUUGUAGAGAGUGAUCCCUGGAUCAUCUAGGAGGUUUCAGUUAGUGGAAUUACGUCAGCCAGCUCUCUGGGAUGUUAUGUGGGAUUAUGAUCUACUUCCUAGUAAUGUUAUUGGCCUAUUUUUAAAUGAACAAGCAAGGAACAGUGAUUUAACUUAGUGGGAAGUUAGAACAAGACAAGAGUAUGUGGUUUUUGAAGUAGUAGAAAAAGAUUCAAUUAUUCAUUUAUUUUUUUUAUUUUUUUUUGCAAAAGGAGCAGCCUUGCAACAAAUUGAAUGGAGGCAAAUGAUUCAUGUCACAGACAGAUAUGAUUGGGAUACAUGCUUAGUUGUUCUGUUGUACAAGUUCAUUGUUGAGGCAACUUUAUAAAUGAAACAGUGAAGUUUAAGUUGUGAAGCUUGCAAAAGAAUAUUUCCAUGUUUGUGGAAGAAAGGGAAAAAUUACAAUGGGAAACCCAAGUUAGGGCUUGUGAAGCAUCCUUCCUGCCUGCACCAGAUACGUGCCACAAAUGCAGGAGUCCAAGAGAACAAGAUUGAAGCCAACAUUUAGCAUUCAAACUCAUAAGAGCGGUGCCUGGCACCAUGGAUGCUACAUGCAAUGUGUUGCCAGUGUAAUUUAUUACAGAUUCUUAUUUUAGCUAUAUAUUGUCUGAUUAU